AUGGCGACGCUGCGCGCGCUGGCCGCGGGCGAGGCCCAGCGGUUCAACCUGCUGUGCGUCGCGCUGGCGCUCUGGGGGAUGGCGCAGGGCUCAGGCCCCGUCCUUGACGCGCUGUUUGCGGACUCUGUGGCCACCGGAUCGCGCGCCGGCGUCUACACGGCCAACCAGAUUGCGGGCUUUCUCUCGCGCGCCGUCGGGCCACUGCUCUCCGCGUGCCUCUUCGCGCGCGGCGGCAACCAGUGGUCUUUGGCUGUGCUUGGCCGGGUCAUGCUGGCCGGCCAGCUGAUUGCGCUGGCGCCCUCCUGCCUGAUGCUGUUCUUCCUCCCGUCAGACCUUGGCGCAGAGAUGGUGCCGCUGGGCCUCACCCUGUGCAGUGUGGCCGCGCGCGCCGUCAGCCGGCGCACCGGCCGGGUUCAGACAAUUGCCGCGUUCAAGGCGACAGGCAUCAGCCUGCUGGUCACAAUUGCGGCGCGCCGCGACCUCUGGCGGCGGCCCGCCCUGAUGCUGCCCAUCUACGUUGCGCGGACAUGCCUCAUGAACGCCACCCCAGCCCUACAAAAGUCGAUUCUGAUGGACUACGCCCCAAAGUCCCAGAGAGGCCGCUGGAACAGCCUGGACGCGGUCACCUCUUUUGGCUGGAGCGGGUCUGCCCUGGUCGGCGGCUACGUCAUCCGCUGCCACGGCUUCGACGCGGUGUUCUUGUGA